ACCAUUAAAGCGACGACGAAUUGAACAAAAAUAGAAGACGCAACACUGCUGAAGCAUCCUCUAUUGCUCGUCCCAUAGUCGUCAUAUUUCCCGCGGAACCCAACUUCACUCCGCCAAACUUUCAUACUAAGUAUUUUUUCUCUCUCUUCUCUUCUCUGCCAUGGCCCCCAAAUCCGACAGCGCUGAAGGUAUAGUACUCAACUUCGUCAACGAGCAAAAUAGGCCAUUAAAUGCCCAGAAUGUUGCUGAUGCGUUGCAAAAGUUCAAUCUCAAAAAGACUGCAGUUCAAAAAGCUCUUGAUUCACUCGCUGAUAGUGGGAAGAUUGCAUUUAAAGAGUAUGGCAAGCAGAAGAUCUACAUUGCACGUCAAGACCAGUUUGAGAUUCCAAACAGUGAAGAGCUUAAUCAGAUGAAGGAACAGAAUGCCAAAUUACAGGAACAAAUUAACGAACAGAAGAAAGCAGUUAGCGAGGUUGAGGGAGAAAUCAAAUCCUUACAGUCAAAUUUGACGCUAGAAGAUAUGCAAGCCAAGCUGGGAAGACUUAAGAUAGAGGUUGAGGAAAUGGAGGAUAAGUUGACUAAAUUGCGUGGAGGAGUCACCCUUGUGAAACCAGAGGACAGGAAGGCUAUUGAAGAUCUGUAUGUGAAUGCAAUUAGUCAUUGGAGAAAGCGCAAAAGGAUGUUCAAAGAUAUAUGGGAUACAAUAACUGAAAAUUUACCGAGGGAUCUAAAAGAGCUUAAGGAGGAACUUGGCAUUGAAUAUGAUGAAGAUGCUGGUCAGAGUUUGCAGUCUUUUUGUAAUUUGAUGCCACAAAGCAAAAAGCGGGGAAGAGGUCAGUAAAGUUCAUGCUGCAGUUAAUGCUGAAGUUUUACUAGUGGCUUGCGACAAAGUUCAUGGUAUAUAUUUUUGCAUUUGGGAAGUAUUGCACCAGAAUAGAUCAUUCACGUACGCUGGAUGCAGCUUUUUCCUCGUCAGUAAGUUCUACUAGAACUAUAAUUUGUAGUUGUAAAAGCAUUUGCACUUAUUAGUGUUUAUUAGCUUAUAUAUGCUUGAUAACUAUAGAGUCCUUUUUCAGUUGUACCAGAAAGAUCAGCUUCUCAUAGCUGAUUUCAUUAUCAAAUUAUGUACAGUAUCUUCAACAUAACUUAAGUAUACUGGAUUACUGGUUACCUACCCAAGAAACUUUAUCUGAACUUG